AGCUUGUUUUUCUGGGUUGUGAGCUCGACAGUCUCCAUUUUGUGAGAGCUUCAGCCGCAUCACCAAUCGGCUUACGAGUCAAAAGGACAACGCCAGAUUACAGAAACAAUUUAAAUACAUCUGACGCACCGCUCGUUGACCAAGUUAUUAUCCGAAAGGAGCGCAAAUCUUAUCGUAUGUCCGCUCUCAGGAACCUCAAACCUUUUGACCCCUUUGCUGAUGCAACUAAGGGUGAUGACCUCCUCCCAGUUGGGACAGAGGACUACAUCCACAUAAGAAUCCAACAGCGGAACGGCAGGAAGACCCUCACCACUGUCCAGGGCAUUGCUCCAGAUUAUGACAAGAAGAAGCUAGUCAGGACCUUCAAGAGGAAUUUUGCCUGUAAUGGGACAGUGAUUGAGCACCCAGAGUAUGGUGAAGUGAUUCAGCUGCAGGGAGACCAACGCAAACAUAUCUGCCAGUUUCUCACUGAGAUCGGCUUAGCCAAGGAGGAACAGCUCAAAGUCCACGGCUUCUAGAAGCUGCUGCACCCCUCCCCGUCUCUCUUGGGACAUCAGUCUCGACAUCCUCCUCCCCCUCCUAUGUUGCUUUUGAAUUUCCUCCCCCUCCUUGCCCUUACUUUCCUACUAGCUCUUGUUGGCUGACAAAUAUGGGACUCUGUAUCAUUGUUAUCCUCCUCCGUCACCAGGAGGCAGGCUUGCUCUCACAAAGGCACACCACUACAGCACCACAUGACAUCAGGGAUGAGUGGUGAUGACCCACACAUGUCUACUGUUUAUCCUUGUGUUAAUUUUAAUUUUUGGGGGUUUUGUGCAACAAUAAAUAGGCACUGUUUUGCUGUUUCAUUUUGUACUUCCAAGGUAUUUCAAUAAACGAUGAGUCUCCAUAUGUUGGGAGUGGUGUGGAUUUGGUGUAGGGGCGUGUCCGGUGGUGGUGUGACAGCUUCUGCAACUAAAGUGUUAAAGUUCAUCAAAUUAAUCUUUGGAAUAAAUAUCACAUAAUGGGACUUGUGUAGUUUGCCAACAUAACUGAUACUUGGAGCAUUCUUUUGGUUCCAGUCAAAACUUGUAUUUAUUAAGUCAUGUGGACUGUUAACUUUACAGAAUUGAAUAGCUUAUGAAAGGGUCAAAAUGCUCCCUAUUGGGUUAUUAUACAUUGAAGCUGCACUUUCUAUUAACGAUUUAAUCUUGGAAUUAUGAGUGCAUGAAGCUUAAUUUGUUGCUGUGGCGUUCUGGUUUACUAGUCUGGUGUCAAGUCUGAAUAAAAAUGCAAUAAUAUCUGAAUAUUUAAACUCAAAGCCAUGGUCAGGUCUAACUGGCUCUGUGAAAGUGACGGAGAGCAAGUCUGUCUUGCAAAUGCCAUAUUUGGUUCAAUAAAAAAACACUAAACUGCA